UCAUGGUUGCUGCACGUCUUCUGGCGCUUGACAAACUGCGAUUGAUUGAAGGUUGCAAUCACAAACAUAAAACCGCGACGUAAUGCCGAAGUAACGAAGAAAGUGGCGUUUUUUUCCUGCGAAAGACAGUUUAAGAUAAAGAGCGUUUGGUGAAGGUUAUGUGGAAUGUGAACAUCCCAAAUUGGGCAGCCAUGCAGUCAGUGUUGAACUCUGAACUUCACAAGUGUCAGGAUUCAAGUCUAUGUAGAGUAGAUCUUAAGUUGUCUCACUUGGACUGGAACCCUGAAGCCACCCUGAUCUACUUCCAAGGCCAGUACCUGACCAUCUGUGAGCUUGACUAUCACAUCUUGCAGCAGGAGAUCGAGAACACACCAAAGACCAAUGCUGCGGUGGAUAUUGGAAAGUUUUGCCUGGUAGAAGACCCCAACUCAGUCCACUGGUACAGAGGAAGGGUUCAGGGCUGUAAGGAUGGCGUGUUUGACGUGUUUCUCAUCGAUCACGGCAAUGUCAUGAGUGUGGAUGUGACUCACAUGUCUUCCUGCUCAGAUGAUUUCCUCACGCUGCCUCCAAAAAUAGUUUGUGGCUUUCUAGCAAACGUGUUGGUGCUCCACAGUUCCUGUGAUCGCGGUGUGUUGGAGUACCUCUCAAACCUGAUUGGGAGGAACAUCACAGGUUACAUUCAAGCUCUCCUGCCUCACCGGGUCCUCCUGCUGGAAGUCCCUGAUGUCAACAACGAGCUUGUUAAGCAUGGCUUUGGAAAGCACGUGGACAGAGACACCUUCCUCCUCUUGGUGGAGCUCCUCAUUGGGGUACCACUCAAACAAAACAUUGACAAGUUUAGCAGACAGGAACAAUGUUACAAGUCAUCUGUACUGCAGAUCUACAAGGACAUAUUUUCCUUUUGUGGGCCCAGGAUGGCUUGUGGUAGCCGGGCUGAAGUUAGAGUGGCAGCUGCUGUCUACCCCGGACUUUUUUACUGCCAGGUUGCCAGCAAAGAAACAUAUCUUCGGGACGUGUCAAAGAGGUUGGCUGCAGUGUGUGAGUACGGAAACAAAGGCCACUAUCAAAAGAAUCAAGAAAACCUGGGUCUUCUCUGCUCGGUGAAAAGAAAAAAUGGAAACUGGUACAGAGGCUUUGUGCAGUUACCGCUGGUCAGCUCACAAGCGCGAGUGUUGUUCAUUGACUAUGGAUUCUCUGAGUCUGUUCAACUUGAAGAUGUCCACAAGUUGCCGCCUGAUUUAUACUCCACCCCAAUCAUGGCCUUCCCAUGCUCACUUUCUGCUCUGAGGGCUACGGAUGAGGAGGUCAAGGGUAAGCAGUUGGGUUUCCUCAAGGCAGGCUUGUUGGGGAAAGUGUUCGAAGUGAAGAUUGAUGGUUUUGACGAAGAGCACCAUCUAUACUUCAUCACGGUGGUUGGUUCUGCUGAAAAUGUAACAGAAACAGGUCCCAGACAACAGCUCCCCCAAAUAAAAGCUGAGUCAGGCAUAACUGCAGAAGAGGCAGUCCCUCAGGGUUUCCCCCUUUUCUACAAGACAGUCAUAGGCCGUGAGCUGGUUAAAACUCUGGAAGCGGAGGAGCUGCAGCUGGAUUCUGUGUUUGAGGGCUACCUGGAGCUGGCCCUAAAUCCAAACAACUUCUGGAUUCGAACACAGAAACGAAAUGAUGAGUUUCAGGAAAUGAUGAAGAAAAUAUUGGAACACUUCAGUCACGUAGCGCUGGAUGAGGACAUUCUGUUGAACCCUGAACCAGGCACGCUGUGCUGUGCAUUGUAUGAGGUCGACAUGCAUUUCUACCGCGCUGUAGUCACUGACAAACUUCAACAAGGAGCUGAAGUUCUCUUCAUCGACUUCGGCAACAUGGAGAAAGUGCCUUACACGUUGAUCAAGAAGAUUCCAGAGACAUUUGCCGGCAUAUCGGCAUUUGCCCUCUGUUGUACUCUUGUUAAUGUCAUACCUUUGGAAGAUGUGUGGACCUGCUCGAACUCUGACUUCUUCAGAGAGGCCAUCUCCAACAAAGCCCUGCUAGUCCGCCUUGUCCAUAUAACACAACACAGAUGUGUGGUGGAUCUCUUCGAGAUGGGAGGUGAGAACAGUCGGAGUAUUAGUGAGCUCCUGGUGUCCGCCAAACAAGCUGACUACUGGAACAACAUUCCUAUAGAGCCUGUGGUGAAAAUCCACAAACAAACUGAGCCACUUGAGCAAGGCCUGGCGAGAGAAGUCACCGAUUCAACAAAGCACAACUUCCAAGAGUCCUUUGUCUACUCAUCAUUUGAUUUAACCUCCAACAACGAGGUACAUGUCUAUGUUACUCAUGUUAGCAGUGAGUGGGACAUCUACUGUCAGCUUGAACGCAACAUGGAAGUCCUCAAUGACCUUGAGGUGAAGAUCUCAGAGGAAAGCGAGAAAGUGAAGCAUGCCAGUAUGGAAGAUGUUGCAAAGAAAGUGUGCUUGGCAAAGUACUUUGAUGGAAAAUGGUACAGAGUUUUGGUCCACCCUUCCCUCUCUCCUCUGCAUCUCAGUGUCUUCUUUGUGGAUUAUGGAAACACGUGUAUUUCUGAGAAAAGCCAUGUGGUGUCCAUUCCCGGAGACUGUGAGCAUUUGUUGUCCACACCCAUGCAAGCUUUGAGAUUCAACCUUAUAGGCUUGUCCAAGAAGGAGUUCUUCAUAGAAGUGAAGAAAUGGCUCGAAGGAGCCAUCCUCAACAAGCAGCUGAGAGCCGUCAUAGUGAGCACAUGUGAAGAUGGGUCAUUUGAUGUGGAGCUCUUUGAUGGAGAUCUGAACAUCAAUGACAAGGUGAAGGAGCUCAUUGACAACCUUUUAUCCAAACCAAAGUCAGUCUUGACAUUUAGCAAAAGUCACGUCAACAAAGACCACAAAGAAAGAGGAGACACUUUGGUCAAGUGUAAGAAUUUUCCAAAAAGGAAGGAUUCUUAUUGUCCCGUGUUUAACAAACAGAAAAGUUUUCAUGUCAAGAUGCGAAGGAAGGACUAUCUUGACGUGACUGCGAAGAAGCACACAAAGACAAAACAGCAAACCGAGCAACGUGACAACACUGCAAAGACAACAGGUACUGGAAGCACUUAUCCAGUGAAGCCUCGAAAAGACUCUGAAGCCCCUCGAUUACAAAAGCAAACUCUGAGGCAGGAUGACAAAACAGAAGAGCCUCGAGCAGACGUUACCCCUCAAUUGUCAUGUUUGCCAAAGAGAAAUGACAAAGCAGGUUCUAGCAUGAUGUGUUUCGCUGCACAUGUCAAUUCAGUCAAGGACUUCUUCCUGCAGCUGUUAGACGAUGAAGCCGCCAUCUUGAAAUUGGUGGAAGAAAUGAACUCCAAUGUUAUUUCCUUGAGGGCGGCACGUUCUGUGAGGAUCAAUGACCUUGUUCUGGCUCGCUAUGACGAGGACGCAGCUGUGUACCGUGCAGUGGUGACGGCUUGUGAGGGCAGCUCCUGUUUCAAAGUGGACUUCCUGGACUAUGGGAACUCUGUAGUUGUUGAGAAGGAAAAGAUCUUCAUGUUUCCUGAGGAGUUUCUGUCUCAGCCACGAUUCAGCAUUCAGUGUUCCCUGAGGGACUCCAGCCUUUAUGACAGCGAUGCUUCUUUCACUGAUGCUGUCAUGGAGAUACCGCUCAGGGUUCAUUUUGUCCGAAAACAUGAAAAUCACUGGGAAGUCGACAUGGAGGUUCUCAACCGAGCAGCAACACCUGAACCAGCAUUUGCAAUUGACUUUGAACCCUGGAAGGAAGUGGAUGCUUCUACUGCAACUUCAUCUGACCAUGAAGACAAAGCAAACUCCUGUAACGUCACAGAGAAGCAGCCAAGAGCACCAGAGCCCAAACAUCUGAUCCCGUUUCCGGCUCAAGCCUUGACAGCCAAACAUAAGGUAAAGUCACAGAAGUCCUUCACUAAAAUCACAAGGAAAUCCAAGAAAACGCCAGCAUGCGCCAUCACAAAGAAGAGCAGCCCACUCAUCAUUCAAGCCAAAGAUGUUGAAGAUGUGGUGGUUCUGUCAGUCUUGACACAUGGUCAUUUCUACGUCAGGCUCCAUAAGACCGACAGCCUGUUUGCUACAAUGGAAAGCUGCAUAGCUGAGAACAUACACCGGUGUGAGGUGGCGGCCCAGGUGGACAUCAAACCAGGCUUCAAGUGCUUAGUUCAGGUCCAGAAGAACGCGCCGUGGAAGAGGGCUGUAGUUCAACAAGUCAGCAAAGUAGAUUAUCAACUCUUCCUGGUGGACGAAGGAAUGACAUCACAAGUUAACUCAAGCAGCCCCUUGAGAAGGCAGUUCAAGGACGUGACCACUUUCCCAAACCUGGCUGUGUUGUGUAAGACCUUCAGCCUCGAAAGGGGUGACAAUUUUAAGACCAUGAUUGGUCAAGACGUCCAGCUGGUCUUUGUGAGCUAUGCAGAGGCUGACCACCUCUGGGUGGUUCAGCAAAUCAUCCCGCUUCCUGAUGACACACAUAAGUCCUUGCAGGAACUCUACCCAGACCCGAGUUCACUUCAGACUCUUGCCUUUGCUCCGGUCUCUCUGGACAAAGAAUACUCUGGCUUUGCCACCGCAGUGACGACUCCUUCAGACUUUUGUGUUGUCCUCAAGGACUCGCUGCCACUGAUGAGCCAAGUGGUCAUCAUGUUGGAAGACCUCUCAGAGGAGCUGCCCCUUCUUCCCAAAUGUUCUCUAACGCCUGGUGCCAGCUGCUUGCUUCAGUUUGACCUCAACAACAACAAGUGGUGCCGCGCAGAAAUUGUCCAAGUGGACACCUCUGUAGUCCUGAACCUAGUCGACUAUGGCCUCAGUGUACAUGUGCCCUACGAAGACUGCGUUAGCUUGAGGAGGCUUCCAGAAGCUCUAAUGAACCUCCAAAAGAGGGUGUACCCCUGCUGCUUGUGGGGGGUGACGCCAGCUGGAGGGGACUGCCAGUGGAGCCAGGAGGGAUCAGUCUACUUCCAGGAGUGUUUGGAUGAGAACUUUCACGUUGUCUUUCGAGAAGGAGUGUCAAACUGGGCGGUGGAUAUUCUGGUGGAUGGCGUCCAUGUUGCCAAAAGGCUGGUUGAUGCUGGACACGCCAAGUACACAGACGCCGCACUGGGCCCCAGGUUCCAGGGGCAGAUUUGUAGCCCAGCCCACAGCCCCAACGUGCUGGAGGAAGACAGCCAAGAAGUUUCUAAUCAGGACUCAGCAGAAGGUUGUGAUGAGGCCAAGGAUACGCCCCCGAGCGAGGAGCUGGCAAGCAGGCAAUGUGUUCUCAUGUGACGCAAGCCAUGUGACAGUGGCGGUGAGGCGGUUCCAUACCAGCAAAACGAAAAAUGACAUUUGGCUUUUGCAUGGACAUGUUCAUCAUUGUCACUCGUUAUUCUAAGGUGUUACUGUCAAACAGAAAUCAGAUUUACUGUUCAAAAGCCAGUCAACUUUUUUUAUUUGUAUUUUUUUCACAUGACGCUGCCUUUUGUUUGGUGUUAAUUUAAAAUGUGAUUUCAGAUGUAAAAACGUUUCAAACGUGUGUUUGCCCGCUGAAGUACAACAUCUGCAUUCAUAAUAAAGAUGCUGAUGAUGCUGACGUUUGCAAAAUAAAAUGUAUCACCUUUUAAAAUGGUUACUUUCAAAUCAAUAUGUUUAUCUGAUAGCAUUAUUACCUUUUAAACAUGCAAAAAUGUGUUUAGAAGUGGAAUUAAAACAUAGAUUUGUGUCAUAUGACACAGUGCGGACCUGCUACAGACACUUGAUAGAUAAGACUGGUUACUCGGCAUCCACUUCUGUAGUACGGCCUGCGCAGGUUUGGCCGCCACGGUGGAAGCAGAAUCCAAAGACAUCGCAUUGUUAAGAUGUCAGUCAUUAAUUGCGCUACUCGACGCUCCCAAAGACAAAGACGUAUGCGUGAUAAAAAUGUGGUAGACUUAUCACACUGGUCCAGUCAGUGAUGAGUUAGGCUAUACUGUAGUCUAUCAAAUGUGUUAACAAGGCCGUCACUGAAAUAAAUAUUGCAUUGUGUCAAUAUUGGAGUUAAUUGUCCAUCAAAUAUAGAUAAAUCAUUUCUGUUGUGCUUAUGGUCAUGAAAAAAUGACCAGAUUUAUUAUUGUUUUUAGCAACUUACUGGAAUGGUAAUGGACGAUGCCAUGUGUGGUCCUAUCCACACUUGCAGGUCAACAGAGUAAAUCUAUGGUGGUGAUUUGUUGUGAUUCAUGAGUUCAUUGUGUUGAUCAAGGUCAUGCAGCAGCUCUACUGGAUGGAAGAACAGUUUCAGCAUUUUUGGUUGCAAUUGUAGUUAUUGAAAUAUUUAUUAUAUUGUCGAUUACAAUUAUUUUACUAUGAUUUUGUAGGCUACUUGUUAAGCGUUGCUAACACUGUAAGGAAGGGAAAAAAAAUUAUUUUAAUGUCAUUAUUUGAUUAAUCAAAAUUAUUAUUUUUAGUUUGUUUGUUGCUUGUUAAGCUUUGGUAACACUAAGGAAGGAAAAAUUAUUUACUUUUAUUUACUAUUUCAUUAUAUUGUUAAUUAUAGUUAUUCUGCAUGUUACUUGUGAAGCAUAUUUAAUAUGUUGCGAGUUGGUAACACAGUAAGAAAGGAAAGAAAUAAAAUAAAGAAGGAAAAGUUUCUUUUUUUUUAAAUUUAAUGUUAACACUGAUGAUAAAAACUAUACCCUGCUAGUCGUUUCAUUUAUCAACGCUCAACGUUGCACAACUUUGACAUAUUUACACUUAUCCAUUUAAAAUAGAAAUAUAUUGGAGCAACAACUUUCGUUUUUGAUGUCAUAAAUUCAUUAAAUAUUUUAAUCUGCUGUAUCUCCUUGUGACCACUAGAUGGCAAUGUUUUGCGUAUGACG